AUGCCUACUUGUAAUUCAGCAGCAGCAGCAGCAGCAGUUAGUGUUUCUAAUGAUUCAGCUUGUACAAAAUACCCUGGUGGUGUUUGUUCAGAAUAUAUCGACUAUCCAGUAUAUCUAGGAAGCAAAUCAUUUGCAGAUAUCGAACAUCAGCUCGCCAUUUUACCAAAUUUUACCCUCUGGUACAGCAAAAUCGUUCCUGGCUGUACAGAUGCAUUCAAUCGAUACCAUUGUUCCCUUGCCUAUCCAAAAUGCGAGACUGACAGCUCAAAUACCCCCACUAUUUAUCUAGCCUGUAAAUCAACCUGUGAAAAGACCGUAGAUUCAUGUACAAAUGUUUUAAUGACAUCAGGAGCCAUGCAUCUUUUACCAAACUGCACCUCUGAAAUGCCGGUUCCUGGUACACCUCUGCAACCGGAUGAAACAUGUAACAUAAUUGAGCCAUUAGUAUCUGGAGCAGCUGCUGGAUUCAAUAUAUCUGCAAUUCCGUUAGACUUUCUUUCAGUAGAAUGCCCAGCACCGUUUACUCUUGAUCUUGCACCUGAAAAGCACAGGGGUAUAGAGUAUAUAAACUACUGUCAGUAUGGUUGUUGUAUUCCUUGUCCUUCGCAGGAUUUGUUUUACAAAAAGAAUUGGACACGCACUGCCUUCUUAGCCACAGACAUUAUGCGAUUCAUAUCAGCCAUAGCGUCUUUUGUUAUUUUGAUAAGCUAUCUUGUUUUACCUGACAAGAGACGACAUCCUUCUCUUCUUAUCUUGAAUUUGUCUUUGGCUAUCUUCUUGUUCAGUAUGACCGUUUUCUUCUCAAUUGGUGACCAACAUGGCUUACAAUGCGCAGAUGAUAUCACACCAAGUGACCAGAAAAACAACUAUAAAUGUGCAGCUCAAGGUGCCAUUCUUAUAUUCUCUUCGUUUGCAACUACUUGUUGGGCUGCAGCUCUGAUUGUCAAUCUACAUUUACACACCGUCUGGAACUCUAGUUUCUUUACCAACAGAUAUAUAUUGCUUAAUGUUAUCUGCUGGGGAAUCCCAACAGUCAUAAUGUGUACUGCCUUGGGAAUUAAAUCUGUGAAAUUUGAAUUCGCCAAUCUUUGCUUGGUGUCAAUUGAACAUAUUUUUGCCUUGUUUUUCUACCCCAUGGCUGUUAUUAUCUGCCCAUCGUUCCUACUUCAUAUUGCUACAUUCUUUUACAUUGCAAAGAUUGCUAUUCGUGAAGGCCUUGAGUCUGACAUGUCACAGUCGCUAUCAAAUGGAGACCCAACUGGAAUGCGACCUGCCAAAGCAAAGAGACAUAAACAUGUUAUUACAGCCGUUAAAAUCCAAUGGCGUGCUCUCAUAUUAGCUAUUGCUGCAUGUGGGACCGUCGUAUUCUACUGGCUUUUUUAUAUGACCCAGAUUUCCAACCUAUUGAACUUCUCUAAAAACGUAACAGUUGCUUCAAAAUGGCUGACUUGUAUGUUAGAAAGUGCAGGUGAUCACCAAAACGAGUGCACUUCGAUUGUCAGUCCUUACCUGCCAACAUUCGGGCUUAUGGUUACAGCAGAAUCACUUGUCAGUCUUGUUGGCAUAUGGCUUUUUAUCAUCUUUGGAAAACGAUCUCUCUGGCGAGAAUGGAACGAUAUGAUAUUUGAGCUACGAAUUAGAUUUAGUUCAAGAGGUCGGUCAGAAAAAAAUGGAGAGCAGUUCUUUGCUCUUUAA